CUUAUCUCCCCCUACAAAGUACCAUCUCUUCAUAAACUGGGAUGUGGAGCUUGUAGGUAGCCUUGAUUCACGUAAAGAGCCAAUCACAAGAACACACGCAGGGGCAAAUGGCCGCGGCGACUACCCCUCCUCACGAGCUCCGGUCGAUCAUCCGACUUUGGAACCACCCCGCAGUAUUCGGUCAUAUCAACGCAAUCCUGAAUCCUUGAUUAUUCCUAUCCCUAUACUAGUCAACACGAUCGUCAUGCCGUCAGACUCACCUUAUCAGCAUCCUGUCAUCCCUCCGCGCACAAGCUCCACCGGUAUGACGGACGUCAACCAUCAGGGGAAGCCCCUCCACGCGAUCCCUGAGGUGGAUCGCCCGGACAACGGCAACGGGGAGGGCCGACUACCAACGAAUAGUAACAUCCGGAGUAAGCACUCGCGACGCCGCUCGAGCAUGGAUGGCACCAAAUACAGGGAUGGGCAGUGGUCGUCGGAGAAGGAGCGGAUUUUGAUGGGUCCGUACGACUACAUGCUGCAGAACCCGGGCAAGGAUAUCCGACGGCAGUUGAUCAACGCCUUCAAUGUAUGGUUGCAGGUGCCGGCCGAGAGCAUUGAAAUUAUCAAUAAAGUGGUGGGUAUGCUGCAUGCGGCGUCGUUAUUAAUCGACGAUGUAGAAGAUGACUCGAUUCUCCGUCGCGGAGUCCCCGUCGCACACAAAAUCUACGGCACAGCGCAGACGAUCAACUCCGCCAACUACGUAUACUUCCUCGCGCUACAAGAACUGCAGAAACUCAACAACCCAGAAGCAAUCAACAUCUACGUCCAAGAACUACUCAAUUUGCACCGCGGCCAGGGAAUGGACCUCUUCUGGCGCGACACCCUCACCUGCCCCAGCGAAGACGAAUACCUCGAAAUGGUCGGCAACAAAACAGGCGGCCUCUUCCGGCUGGCAAUCAAGCUCAUGCAAGCAGAGAGCCAAACCGGGCGAGACUGCGUCCGUCUGGUCAACGUCCUAGGCCUGAUCUUCCAGAUCUGCGACGACUACCUCAACCUCUCCAACCUCACAUACACCCAAAACAAGGGCCUCGCAGAGGAUCUCACCGAGGGCAAAUUCUCCUUCCCCAUCAUCCACAGCAUCCGCUCCAACCCGCACAACCACCAGCUCAUCAACAUGCUCCGCCAGCACACCAAGGACGACGAAGUCAAGCGCUACGCUAUCUCGUAUAUGGAGAGCACGGGCAGCUUUGCGCACACGCAACAGGUUGUGCGUGACUUGCGCACUACGGCGUUGGGGCUCAUUGAUGAGAUUGGGCGUAGUGGGCGGGGGAACCCGUCCGAGGGCCAAGAUGACGGGGCCAUGAUCCGCGCGAUUAUGGAUAAGAUGACGGAGGCGACGCUGGCGGAUACGCAGGAUCACAAAUAAUACAGACUACACGGACCUUGGUAUGUGUUGGAUAAAUUCGGCUUGUCUUUCUUCGUGGUUCUGGAUGUACAUAUUAAUACGACUGACGACCAAUCUGCAUGGCGAGUGGUUCUUAAUUGAUUAUCCUAUCCUUUUUAUCAUUUUCUUGAAUAACACACAAUGACA